GUCAUAGACAGUUAAAGAAAUCGUCGGAUGGUACUGCGCCUGCGCAAUGACAGGAGUCCUUGGCUUGAUCGGCCUGUUGUAGGUUACAGAACCGGCAAGGGGACGCAGACAAAAUGCAGAGCUGGACGCAGUUAUACCGCUCCUUGGCCACGCGGAGCCACCACCUGCCCUGCAAACUGCACGGCGCCUCGGCGCUGUCCGUCAGAACCUACGCCGACAAAGCAGCAAUCGAUGCAGACGUCACGGUGGUGGGGUCCGGUCCGGGCGGCUACGUCGCCGCCAUCAAAGCCGCGCAGCUCGGCUUCAAGACAGUAUGUGUUGAGAAGAAUGCCUCUCUGGGCGGGACCUGUCUGAACGUCGGUUGCAUUCCCUCAAAGGGAUUCAAGCCGAGCCGUACCGUGAUGCCGGGGAAGGGCGUGACCUCGGAGCCGGUGGCGAGGAGGAUGUUCUUGGUGUUGAUGACCUGCUCGCUGCCGUCGGCCGCCACGGCCGUCACCUGGUUCUUACCCGUCACCCUCCCGAAACCGCUGACCAACGCGUCAGGCCAAAUGUGUGUGUGUGUGUGUGUUACAAGUAUUUGUCCUCCCGUCCUGCAGGGGUCAGUGUGGCAGCGUCUGGGCUCUAAAGUCACAGCCGUGGAGUUCCUGGGCCACGUGGGCGGCAUGGGCAUCGACAUGGAAAUGUCCAAGACCUUCCAGCGCGUCCUGCAGAAGCAGGGACUCAAGUUCAAGCUCGGCACCAAAGUCCUGGGGGCCACCAAGAGGCCCGACGGCAAGAUCGACGUGGCGUGAGUACAACGCUCCUGUUUGCCCAUCAGAGUCCGGAUUAGUCCAUUUUCAGGGUUCCUGCAGGGGCUUAAAAGUAGUGAAAAAAAUGGCCUUAACCCUCCUUUUGGUAAAACGCAGUCGCCGCUUCCUAACAUUUACGCCAUCGGUGACGUGGUUGCCGGGCCGAUGCUGGCCCACAAGGCCGAGGACGAGGGCAUCAUCACGGUGGAGGGCAUGGCCGGCGGCGCCGUGCACAUCGACUACAACUGCGUUCCCUCGGUCAUCUACACGCACCCCGAGGUGGCCUGGGUGGGCAAGACAGAGGAGCAGCUCAAAGAGGAGGGCGUCCCGUACAAAGUCGGCAAGUUCCCGUUCGCAGCCAACAGCCGAGCGAAGACCAACGCCGACACGGACGGCAUGGUGAAGAUCCUCAGCCACAAGGACACGGACCGGAUGCUGGGAGCCCACAUCGUCGGGACGGGCGCCGGGGAGAUGAUCAACGAGGCGGCGCUGGCCAUGGAGUACGGAGCGUCCUGCGAAGACAUCGCCAGAGUCUGCCACGCGCAUCCUGUGGUGUCGGAGGCCUUCAGAGAAGCGAACCUUGCCGCGUCUUUCGGCAAAGCCAUCAACUUCUGAGCCGCUGUCGCACCUCCAGUGUACAUAAGAGAAGAAAACCUCCACCCUCCUCCUCCUCCUCCUCCUCCACCCUCCUCCUCCUCCUCCCAGACUGCACCACGCUCAGCUGUUAUUUAAAUGUUCAAUAAAACCAUAAAGGAGGGGAUCGGGCGCUGACUGCAGAUCAGUCUUCAUUGCUUCCACAUAGAGGUUUUAUUAUUAUUUAGGCCGGGUGUCUGCGGUUUCUCUUGUAAAGGAAGAAAUAAAGUGGUUUUGUUUCUGUUUUUUACAGAAUUUAACUCAUAAAAUAUGUAAUCAAAGCAGAAAACUCUAAUUGUUAAAUUGGCUCUUAACCCUCGGUUCAAACUGACCCGUUUCAUAGUGUUUUAUAUCAGAAAUAUUAGAUUUCUUUCAACCAAACUGCCCAA